UUAGGAGAGGAGAAAACGCGUCGAAUUACUUGAGAAAUCACGGUGCAAAAUGUCGGAAGUGGUAUCUCCGGCAAAAUUGGGAGGUACCGGUGACCACGGCGAUGUCGGCGAAGGUGAUGCGGGGCCGACUGAUGAGAAGAAGGAAAUGUUACCACGCUACGAUUUCGGAAAACGAUGGCACCGUUUUCGCGCCCUGACGCCGCGAUCGUUCAUAAUUCGGGGUUCCCGUGCUAUGAGCGACCCCCGGUUCAAGUACAGAAGCCGCGGUCGCCAGGCGGCUCCGUGCUCCGUGGUGGCUCUCGUUUACGGCCGAAUAUUUAGCCCAAAGGAGUGGACGCAGAAACACAUUGACCAGGUGCUCGAGUACGGCGACAAGCUAUUCCGCUUGAGCAUGGCGCGGAACCAGGUGAAGGCGGACGAGUACAUGAGGGCCAGCCUGGUGCACAACGAGUUCUACGUGAGCGUCUACAAGGUCUUGAUCCGCAUCGAGGACAGUGGGAUCCGUGGCAAUCUCUUCAGCGAGUCUGUCGGCUGCUCCGACCUCGCGGAGGGUCUGCGGAAGUUUUUGCAGAGCAGCGACGAGGCCGGAGGGCUGAUCACGGCGCAGGGUAAUUCCGCCGCCUUGUGGCGUCAAUCUCCCGAGGCUGGUUUCCUUUACUAUGACCCGGCGUCGUGCGAUGAGACAGGUGUACGUCGUCCUGGCGGUACAGCCUGUCUGAUGAGAUUCAAGUACCUCGACGAUCUGCGCGAUCACCUGCUGAAGAGCGUGAACCCGCAUUACGACUCCCGUUAUUGCAUUGACCGAGUCACUGUAUUACGCGUCACGGAGGUCGGUCGACCCUUCGUCAGUCCCACGGUCGCUGGCCCGGUGGUGCAGAAGAGCGUGUUACGAUCCAUCAAUCCGGUAGACGUCGAUGAGCACAAGAGGGAUUGUACGAAGCCGGUUCCGAAGGACGAGGGACUGCGCGGACCUGCUCGAAUACGCAAAGAGCCGUUGUCCAUCACGAUCUCGAACUACAGCAUCGACCGCAGAUUCGCCACGGAGCCGUUGGUGAACCGGAACGAUUUCGACACCGGUUACUCUUACGACGAGAUGAGGGUGAACGUGCCGUCCACGUUCAAGGAGCUGCCUGGAAAAGCAGCCAUUCUUCGUGGUUUCACUCACGAAGGUAGCGACAAGUAUAAAGGCAAGGGUGCUCAGAAUGUGGCGAACUGCGUGAUGUCCGUCGUCGUAAAGAAAGUGCAUCCGGUUAAGACGUGGUUGAGGCCCAAGUUGGACGAGAUCCUGACGUUGGGCGAUUCCGUGUACGCCGACGUGAAGGCCGAGAAGCCGCUGAUAAAGACGAUGACGGCAGUUGACUUGGACAACGCGAGGGUCAAAGUGGAGGAUCGUAAGCUGGUGGUGAAUGUGGAUCUCAUCUCCGUGACCGGUACGAUCAGUUCAAAGGCGCCGUCGGUGUUGAACUUGAAGCAGGCGUUGGAGGAGUUCUUCCUGUUGUACGAGGACGGCGUGCUCGAGACGACUUCCACGGCGGUGGCGGUUUGGAGCCAGGAUGACUAUUACUACAUGUUCGAUCCUCGCUCUUGCGACGCCAUGGGCGUGAGGAUCAAGGAAGAGAAGGCUGCCAAGGUCGAGAAGGGUAAGAAGACAGACAUCGAGAAGAAGGAGCUGCAACAAGGGAGCUGCUGUGUAACGCGAUUUCCGGACGUGGACUCUUUGGUGACGCUAUUUUUCGAGAACAUCGACCCGGCUAAGAAGAAUGACAGGUUCACCGUCAGACACGUUACUAUAAUGGACGACAGGCCCGGCAUUCGAGCCUGGAACGAAUUUCAGCCCGGUAUGGCAGGUAAAACCUGGGUGCUGCGCGGCGGAAUCUCCAACGUGGAUGAGUCGUUCGAGGAGGAGAAUCAAGGGGCACAGAGUCUCACCAUGUCAGUGGUGGCUUUGGUGAACGCGAGGGAAACUCCACCGGCGAGAUGGAGCAGCGAGACCGUCGACGAGGCGGUGCGAGAGGGCGACGCUUAUUACGACUGGUGCAAACCUGCCGAGGCGGAGGUGGAGGAGCAGAUGCUUCUCCUGCAGGACCUGAAGAAACACUUUUACCUGAAGAAUAGCAAGGUGAAGAUCGACGUCGAAGAGGCAGCGGUCGUUGGUGAUUUAUUAGCGCCCGACGACUCCAAAGUACUCAACCUGAAGAAAGGAUUGCGUCAGUUCUUCGACGCUAAGCAAUACGGGAUAGUCGAGACGAAGAAUCUUUCGGUGGCCGUGUGGAAAGCCGAAGAGGAGCUCAAAGAUAAAGAACCGGGUAAGGACAAGGAGACGUUUUAUUACUACUUCGACCCAAAUCCUCGAGACGCUUCGGGUCAGGCGGCAGAAGGAAACGAAGAGAACACCGCCUGCGUAGUGCGCGCUUUGGAUGUUUCAACGUUAGCGGAGCUGAUCGAGAUGAACGCAGGGCGGGAAGGUGGGAACGACUUCGCGAUACACGAGUUGAAGAGCGUCUCCGUCGGCGCGCCGAUGACGGACGAGGAGGUCGAGGCGGAUAAAAAGAUACCAAUUAAGCCGGAUUUGAACAAUUAUUCCGCCAUGGGCGACACCGGUGCUGUGCUUUUAGGCGCCAUUAAUCAGGGAAACGAGACGCUGUUCAAACGGCAGACGAGGAACAAGCAGCAAGCUGCAAACGGUCUCACGACUCUGGCCAUGACGAGACUCUACAAUCCUCAUCUGUGGUACCGCGAAUUCGUGGACGAUAUUCUGAAGAUCGGCGACAGGCUCGCCACGGAGAACCUGCCGAACUUGCUGGAGGCGGAGGCCGAAGAAGCAGUGCCCAGGAACUAUCUUCUUCCGUCGGAGAUCACGGAGGAUUUCGACAUAGGAGUGAACCGAAUGUCGAUCGGCCUCGAAGAGGAAGUCGUCAGCGGGCGAGUGACCGAGAUGGCGAGCUUGCUGGAGCAGUUUUUCAAGGAGAACGCGAUGGGGCUGCUGCGUCAGGGUGAGACGAUUAUGCCGGUCUGGAGGGAGGCCGAGGUGUUCUUCACGAUGGAUCCCAGAGGCAGGGACGCUCGUGGCGAGCCCGUUGAAAAGAACGGGGCUGCGGCGGUGAUGUGGUUCACCGACUUGCCGUCCUUGGCUGCCGCGAUCCAGGCGGUCACACGUGAUGACAACUUUGUCAUCGACGCCGUCACGAUGGAGAACGUCUACGAGACGCGGACGGCCGAGGCUCGGCGAAUGAAGAGGACCACUUCCGGGGAGGACCUGUGGCAUCAUUUCCCUAAACUGGAGGACGGUGUCUGGAACAUCAACGGUACAGUCACCAUGACGAACGAGAGGUUUGGCGAGGCGAAUCGCGGCAAACAAAGCGCAGCCGUCGCCGCGAUGGCCAUCAUCUUCUCUAAGGUGUAUCAGCCGAAAUACUGGACGUCGAAUAUCCUCGACGAGGUCGUAAUCACGGGCGACAAACUCCACUCGAAGUGCGUCGAGAGGCUGGGCGCGGGUUCGGUGCCUCUGGUGAACGAGAUGAUCAGCGAGUUUUUCCUGUCGACACGGCGCAUCGCUUUGACGAUCAAGGAUUGUGUGCAAGCGGGUAAUCUCACCGGCAGAUCGCCCAAGGUUCAAGACCUGCGGAGUGGAAUCGACAAUUUCUUCGAGAAGCACGACGCCGGUGCGUUGACCGUGCGAAGAGACCGGAAUCUAGCCAUAUGGAAGGCCAACGACGCGUAUUACGCUUUGGUGCCCGACUGGUCCACCAUCACCGUGGAAGAGACCACGUCGAUGGCACCGCGGUUGUUCAGGUUCAGGAAUGCGAGUCUCCUCGUGGAAUAUCUUUUGCGUCAUUUUGGAGAGGAAGGCGACUACCAGAUUACCGCGAUCGACGUGUUGGACUGGGACAAACUGCCGCCGUGGAAAUUCGAUCCCAGCCCGGGGAUUCGGCCGACGAAUUUGCCACCCUUGAACGCCUACAAAAGAUUGCAGGGCGAGGCCCGGGCGAUUCUGCGUGGCACUUACCACCAGGGCGGCGACAUCUUCCCCGAGACGCUACGUAAUCGGCAAACUGCGGCGAAUUGCGUCGUAGCGCUCGGCAUGUCGGUCAUCAAGAGCCCCGUCACCUGGACGAAGAAGACUAUGGACGAGAUUCUGGCGAUCGGCAGCGGCGUUCAUCUGGAGACGAAGAAGGCCAGACCUACCAAGUCGAGACUGAAGCCGAAGGAUAUCAUCAGGGUAUUCUACGUGGGCGUCAACGUUCUGACCGCCGACGUCGAGCCCAACAUCGUGACCGGUCAGGUAGCGAUCGCGCCUGUUCUCGAGGAAACGAAGGAAAAGAAACCGGGGGAGAGGAAGAAGGCACCGCCAAAAAAAGGAGAAAAGGCCGUCAAGGACAAGAAAGAAGUAAAACGAGAACGGACGCCACCUCCCCCUUCGAUUUUGCUCGAGGAAGGCCUGCGGACAUUCUUCCAGAAUAACCGCGCCGGCAUCUUGGUGACCGAUCGAGGGAUGAUCGCCAUCUGGAAAGAUCUGGGAGUUUAUUUCAUGUACGACUCACGGGCACGAAGCGAUCAGGGUCUGCCGGACGCCGACGGCACCUCGUGCGUGAUGUGGUUCGCUUGCAUGGAACCCUUAUACGACAUUAUCUUCGCCAACGUUAACCAGCGAGAGAAAUACGGGCCUUUCGAGAUCUGUCGGGUGAUCAUAAAGACUACCAUGAUCGAACCCUUGCCGUGUCCAGCCGGCUUCCGACCUUGCAUCGAUAGUAUCGCGCCGGUCAUCUCCGCGAAGAAGACACCGAACGUGGAGCCGCUCAGCGAGUACGUCAUCGUGGACGAGGAGCUCGGCGUUCUACUCGGCACUCUGCACAUGAAUCAUCACGUCUACAGUCCGAAGAGCCGGGGUCUACAGAGUACAGCGAUUGCUGCGGUCGCGAUCGUCGUGGGGUUGCUGCACGUGCCGUCCACGUGGACGGCUGAGCUGAUCGACGCCGUGCUCAAAUACGGCGACCAGCUGCACUCGGACAGCGCCCGGGUGGCGCGUCCGGGCGCCAGGAACCUCUCACCCAGCGAGCUGCUCACCGUCUUCAUCGUGGGCGACUUCCGCGUCACCGUUCAUGUCCACAAUCACACAGCGGCGGGCAUACUCCAUGUCUACGAUCUGUCCGAAGCGAUGAGCAUGUUCUUCCGUACCAACUGCGCCGGGAUACUGCACACGACCAACAUAGCGGUAGCCGUGAUGCAGCACUACGGCAAAUUCUACAUGUUCGAUCCGAGCUCGAGGAGCGACCGAGGCGGACCUGCGGCCGUGAACGGCGCGGCCUGCGUGAUGAAGUGCGACAGUAUCGCGAGGAUGGCCGAGCUCUUCGUGUCUAAUUGCAACCUCAGAAAGCCGAGCGUGUACACUCUGAAUGCGGUCAACGUGCUGAGUCUGCACUUUUUCUCGGACACGAGGACCGUUUGCCCGCCCAAGUAGAGAAAUUAUCCUCAAUGAAAUUCACGAUUUUUCCCUGUAACUCGACUGCAGAUAGAGCAUGUGCAAAUGAAUAUUGAAUAUUUGAUAAAUAAUACGAUUAAUGGGUAAAUAAAGCAGUAAACUCGUUCUUUUCGACAAUCCUUUUAUUAUCAUUCUUUAUUGGCGGAAUUUUGUCAGUGAGGAAAUUUGGAUGAAAUUUUUGGGAAU